UUGAUAAUCAUAAUUCCAGCGACAUGCGCGCUACUGCCACCUGAGGGGUCACUGGCCGGCGGCGGCUCCUGCUGGAGGCAUCUGUGUGCAGCGGCGGUGCCUGGCUCCCGGGGCACGGACCAUGUCGCGGCGCAAGCAGGCUAACCCCCAGCACCUGGACUCGGAGGGGCAGCCCCCGCAGGCGUACGCUGAGCCACAAGACUGUCAAAGCGAAGCAGAUGGUGAAAAGCCAGUGAAGCGAUGCAGGAUGGAGGAUACUCGGGUCUGUGAUAAGUGCUGUGCAGAGUUCUUUGAUCAUGCAGAGUAUCUAGCGCAUAAGAAGAGUUGCACUAAAAACCCACUUGUUCUCAUCAUGAAUGAGGGAGAGGGGACACCCAACUCUUACUCCGCACAUCCUCCGGAAGGUACUGAUACCAAGCCAUUUAAAAUACAAGCUGCAAAGGACAUUCUUGCAAAGGGCUCCACGGUUUCAGCGGAGACGAUGGAAGGAAAAGUAGCUUCUGCUAACAAAACUGUCCCUGAAGCAGCGCCUAAGACUAAUGGCUUUGGCUACUUGCCCAAAUCAAAUGUCUCCAACACUAAUGUGACUUUACAAACUAUCAAUAGUACUAAAGUGGCAGUUAAUCAACAUGCACCAGAUGGCAUUGCUACUCCAACAAGCAACCCCAAUGCUAUCCCAAUGAUCCUUGAACAACUGGUUUGCUUGCAGCAGCAGCAACUUCAACAGAUUCAGCUUACGGAGCAAAUCCGCAUCCAGAUUGCUAUGAUGGCUCCUAAUUCCUUGCAUCCUUCUAUAGCUGCAGCUACAGAUCCAUUGAAGGCUUUAGGUGCUCAUCUAUCACAGCAGCUUUCUGCAGCAGUUGCUUUGAUUGGACAGAAAGCUGGAAGUCAGAACCUUACACUUGAGACUCUUAAGCAAUCUAAGCUACCUCAUACCACUAUACCUAUGCCAGCUUCUGGUGCUGUGCCAAUUGGCUUCACAACGCCUCUCUUAAAGCCUGAGGUUAGUAGGGGCAUUUCUUCUUCUGUUGCAAGGUUUCCAAAUCCUGUGCUACCUCAUUCUCCUGGAACUGUGAUCUUCCAGAAUCCGCUUAAUGUCAUGGACCCUUUAAAGAAAAUGAAAAGCAAGUUUCCAGGUGUCUCUACACCCGAAUCUAAAACUAAUAGUGAGGAUCAAUUUUUCAGGCAUAAAUGUAAAUUCUGCGGUAAAGUGUUUGGUAAUGACAGUGCUCUGCAAAUUCAUUUACGUUCCCAUACUGGUGAGAGACCCUACAAGUGCAACAUCUGUGGAAACCGAUUUACAACUAAAGGAAACUUAAAAGUUCACUUCCAGCGACAUAGAGACAAAUAUCCCCAUAUAAGAAUGAAUCCUUAUCCUGUUCCAGAGCAUCUGGAUAAUGUCCCCACUACCAGUGGAAUUCCGUAUGGGAUGUCUGUUCCAAUGGAUGAAUCUAAUGUACUUGCGGACAUAAAACCUGUGCUGACUAGUCUUCCCAAUCCUGGGUUAACGAUACCAAACGUUGCCGGGAUCAGUGAUUCGACAGUAGCAGCUUUCUCACUGAACAUGCAGUCCAAGCCAUCACCUGGCAGUGAAGCAGAGUCUGUGUCACCUGGAGUAGUUGGACAUGAAUCUGGCACUGAUCAGAGUUUAAACUCUCCUCCUGCUAGCGGCUCCAGUGAACAAGGGUCAGAAACUAGCAAGCUACAGCAGCUGGUGGAGAACAUUGACCCUUCUGGCUCGGAUCCUAAUAAGUGCUUGAUAUGUCAUAGAAUACUAAGCUGCCCAAGUUCUCUUAAGAUGCAUUACCGCACCCACACUGGAGAAAGACCUUUUAAGUGCAAAAUCUGUGGGCGAGCCUUUUCUACAAAAAGUAACCUCAAAACACACUAUGGUGUUCACCGUGCAAAUACACCUUUGAAAAUGCAGCACUCAUGCCCAAUUUGCCAAAAGAAAUUUACUAACGCUGUGGUUUUACAGCAGCAUAUCCGUAUGCAUAUGGGUGGCCAAAUUCCCAACACACCCUUGCCAGAAGAUGCAUGUGAGGAUGCAGACAUGGACUCACUAGUGAUUGAUGAGAAGAGUGGAGAAUUAAAUAGCUUUACAGAUGACAACAUUGAUGACCUUGAUAUUGAAGAGCCUGAGCUUGCAGAAGGUCCAUUAAGUUCUAAACCGCCGACACCACAAACUGAGAUCCAGGCAGAGUCUCCAACACUAAAGCUAUCUGAGCUUGCCUCACAGGACAAUUGUAUGUCUGUAUCACCAGGCUUAAACUUACUGAGGCAAAACAGUGUAAAAUCAAGUGAUAAUGUGUCAAUGGAAAGUGAUGCUUUGACUAAUGACUCCUUCUCAACAGUGGAUCAAGAAUAUCAGAAUUGUAAAAGUCCCACACAAUCUGAGCUAAGGGCUUUUUCACCAGCAAACAUCCAAGAUGACAGCCUUCCAUCAAAGUCCCCACCUUCAUAUAAUGGCCAUGAUGUAGCUGGUGGGUCUACUAAGACUGAACCGUCUGAAAAUGGCUUUCUUGAUCCAGACGGCGAUGGAGCCUUGGAUCUAACAAAUGGUGGUUUGGGACGGAAAAUCAAGGAGGAACCAGGCCUUCAGCAGAAUGGAGACAAUGGUAGAAGUUCCAGCGUGUUCAUUGGUCCACCCCCAACGCUGAUUAAAUUGGAAAUGCCGGCAAAUCGGGUCAUUGGCACGGCACAAUUCAUUAGCCCACUAACACUAUCACCUGGCUUAACGCCUCUCACUGCUCCACAACGCCGUUCAGGGAAGCAACAUCUCUGCCUUACAUGUCACAAGAACUUUUCCUCUGCAAGUGCCCUACAGAUCCAUGAAAGAACACAUACAGGGGAAAAGCCCUUUGCCUGCACAAUAUGUGGACGGGCUUUCACCACAAAGGGAAACCUCAAGGUUCAUGUGGGAACACACAUGUGGAAUAACUGUGCUCGGCGAGGACGGAGACUCUCGCUGGACAACCAACUGCCUACCUUGGGAAAUGACGGCAAGAAAGUGGCUGAAAUUUUCCCGAAGUACCUUGUUCCUCAUGCGGUUAACAUAGAUCCUGCUAUCUGGAGCCAGUAUGCCACAGCUCUUAGUAACGGUCUGGCUUUGAAGACUAAUGAGAUCUCGGUAAUCCAGAGUGGUGGCAUUCCUUCAUUACCUGUCAGUAAUGGAAGUACAUCCAUUAUUAGCACAGCGACUGUUUCUAACAUUGAUGUGUCUCAGUCUAGUGUGAGCCAGGCUAUGACUGAUAUGGAAGACAAGGGUGCAGAUGGCGUACCAAAGCACCAAUUUACUCACUUUAUGGAAGAAAAUAUAGCUGUGAACUAAGUCUUGCUGAAGCAUUUAUUUUCACCUAAACUGUUGCCAAAAUGUGACAUUUAGCUGGAAUUUUAUACAUCUUUUCUGUGGCGUUUGGAUUAUUCUGUGGCUAUAUUUCUAGCAUGACCCAGAGCAGAGCCUAGAUUGCUGCCCUGCACAAAUGGGACGAGCCACACCCUGGAUUCUGUGGAUUGCAGGGCUGAAGACUUAUUAUGUUCAUUUCAAGGGUCAAUGUUUACCUCUCAAAAUUGCAUUAAAAAAGCAAAAGCUUUCAAUUAUUACAGUACUUGGCUUCUGCCUAGACAUAGGGAAACAAAUUGCGGGUAUAUAUUUUUGGAAUCUGCCAUCCUUUUUAGAAGUAGACUUCUGAAGUCUUUGAAUGUAGGUUUUACUCCAAAGUUGCUUUAAACUUUUCUGUGCAUUGAGAACAUUCCUGUUGACAGGUGUAAGUAUCUCCAUGCAGCUUGAUUGUCUGUCUGGUUUGCCCUUUUUUUUUUUUUUUUUUUUUUUUUUUUGUGGUAUUUCUGGGAAGAGACCACUAACUGUAUUUAAUGGCCAGAGUAAUGUGCAAAAUGGAUUUUUCAGUGAGCCUGAAAUGUUCUUUCAAGCAGUAUUAGUAUACAUUUUACAUGUGACCAAUCAUGUUACAAUGAUUAUGGUAACAACUGUUGACAUUUAUGUUAUCUACCUCAUUAAUUUUUUAUUUUUUUUUCUUCUCCCUACCCUCUUAAUUUCUACUGUAAAAUUUAAACUGGUAUUGGAAAUCCUCCAAGCACUGACACUGGUUUUCAUGUUGGGUUACAAAUCUUUCUCUUCAACUACUGUGUGGGUAGAUGUAAAUGUAAAUAUUUCUUUUCUAUGUAAAUAUGAAAUGUAUGAGACUUUGAAGAAGGGUCCUGCCACCUUCACUUUGUUCUUUUGAAAGGCCAAAAAAAAAAAAAAAGACUUGCGCGGAGUACCAAAAGAGAACUUCAAAUUGCACCUAGUUUGUUGCUUCAAACCAUCGCCAUUUUGUGCCUUUCUUGAUGGACUAGUAACAUUUUGAACAUUAUAGUUCCUGUUUACAUUGUUAAGUCUAAUGUUACAAAAGGCAUUCCAGUGCCAAAUUCUGUGAAUGUAUACCUUUUAGGAGUAAGUAGUGUCUGGGCAUCUACUGAAUGUAUUGCUAUCAGAUUUUCUGUGGUUUCUUUUUUUUUUUUUUUGCCCUUGAGAAUAAAUUUUUGGGAUGGCUUUUUCUCAUGA